UAGCUUUAACCCUUUUCUUGCACUUUCUUUCUCUCUUCUCUUUAAGCCUCAAAACCCAAUUAAUAUCUCUCUCUCUAUCCCUUCUACAUGAUCGAGAGAAUGAUGAAGCUUUCUUCAAUCUCUCCUUCCACUUCUCAACUCUUCUAUUACCUUCUUCUCUAUCUGUAGACGUUUAGUUUUGUGAUAUCUACAAGGGUCUUGCUUCUUCUUCUUUGUUUUUUGAUUGAUUUAUGGGGGCUGGAGUUUCUGAUCUUGCAGCUGAGAGUGAGUCAUGUUCAAGGUCGCCUGGUUUGGGGGAUAUACCGGAAAACUGUAUAUCAUUUAUUCUUAUGCACUUUGAUCCUCCGGAGAUUUGUAAAUUGGCGCUGCUGAACAAAACUUUUCACGGCGCUUCUUUGGCUGAUUUUGUGUGGGAAACGAAGUUGCCAUCGAAUUAUAAGUUUCUUGUCAAGAAAGUUCUUGACGAGAGCCCAGAAAUUAUAAGCAAGAAAGAAAUUUAUGCAAGAUUGUGUCUUCCUAAUCGCUUUGAAAAUGGCACCAAGGAAGCAUGGCUGGAUAAGAGCACUGGUAAAAUCUGUAUCUCAAUUUCUGCAAGGGCAAUGAAAAUCACGGGGAUUGAUGAUCGAAGAUAUUGGAAUCACAUUCCAACGGAGGAAUCCAGGUUUCACACAGUGGCAUAUCUUCAACAAAUAUGGUGGUUUGAGGUGAUAGGAGAGUUAGAGUUUGAGUUUCCCCCAGGGAGCUACAGUUUAUUUUUCAGGCUGCAGCUUGGAAAGGCUUCAAGAAGAUUUGGCAGAAGGGUUUGCAAUUUGGAACAAGUUCAUGGGUGGGAUAUUAAGCCUGUGAGGUUUCAGUUAUCCACUUCAAAUGGGCAGCGAGCCAUUUCAGAAUGUUGUUUACAUGAACAAGGCAACUGGGUUCUCUACCAUGUGGGCGAUUUCGCCAUUGACAACAACUCUCAUCACAUGCUUACAAAGAUUAAAUUUUCCAUGAUGCAGAUCGAUUGUACGCAUACAAAAGGAGGGUUAUGCUUGGAUUCUGUGUUAAUAUAUCCAAGUGAAUUUAGGGAAAGAUUAAAAUAAGCUUUAAGCUUGUUAGGUGAUCAUGUGGUUAUACAUAUUAGAGAGAUUGGGCAACUCUUCAGGAUAUGAGCUUUGAUUUUGGUUAAUUAGCUCGUUGUGGGGUGCUUUUGUAUAAAAUAUUUGGAGAUUCUGUUGUAUACCCAAAUUGAGAAAUGUUGUUGCUUGCUUGGUGCAUUAAUGGUGAAACAAAAUUGCAUAUGUAA